ACCAGCCGCAGGGCGCCUCCUCAUCGGUUUUCUUUUUCUUCCCUCGAGCCCCCCGAUUUUCUUUCUCUCCCUUCCACGGCUUCAUCAUUCCCAUCUCCGGUUGUCUGUGGGAGCAUUGAUGAUGAAGUCGCUUCUGCAUGUGGAAAGUCCAAAUGAUUUGGACAAGAAGAUCUAUGGAAAGGAACACCUGAAAAAGAUUUUGCAAAAACAUUUUGGUUAUUCGGACUUCAGAGGAAAGCAAUUAGAAGCCAUACAAGCUAUUUUAUCAGGGAAAGAUUGUUUCUGCCUCAUGCCGACUGGUGGAGGAAAAUCACUGUGUUAUCAGAUUCCUGCACUAGCGGACAAAUGCAUUGUGUUGGUUGUAUGUCCUCUUAUAGCGUUGAUGGAAAACCAAGUAGGGGUGCUAAAGGGGAAAGGAAUUUCCGCGGAAUUUCUGUCAUCAACUCAGAAGCCACAAUUAAGAGAAAAGAUACACGAGGAUCUUGAUUCUGGAAAUCCAUCUCUGCGGUUGUUGUAUGUGACACCAGAAUUGGUAGCAACUACUGGGUUUAUGUCAAAAUUGCGAAAACUUCACUCCCGAGGCCUGCUGAAGCUAAUUGCCAUAGAUGAGGCACACUGUAUUUCAUCGUGGGGACAUGACUUUAGGCCCUCAUAUCGAAAACUCUCAUCGUUGAGAAAGCAUCUACCAGGUGUUCCUAUAUUGGCAUUGACAGCAACAGCUGCUCCGCAAGUUCAGAAGGAUGUCAUAGAAUCACUGUGCUUGAAUGAUCCUUUAAUUCUCCAAUCAUCAUUUAACCGUGCUAAUAUAUUUUAUGAAGUUCGCUAUAAAGACCUUGUGGAUGAUGUUUAUCUUGACUUGUCAAAUCUUUUAAAAAGUAGUGGGGCUGUUUGCUCAAUAAUAUAUUGUCUUGAGCGCAGUACCUGUAAUGCCUUAUCUGCUUAUCUUUCGAAGGAUGGCUUUCAUUGUGGUGCUUACCAUGCAGGAUUAAGUGAUAAGGUCCGCACCCGUGUCCUAGAGGAUUGGGUGUCUUCGAGAAUACAAAUUGUUAUUGCAACUGUGGCUUUUGGAAUGGGUAUUGACAAGAAAGAUGUUCGGUUUGUCUGUCACUUCAAUAUUCCAAAAUCAAUGGAGGCCUUCUAUCAAGAGUCUGGAAGAGCAGGGCGAGAUCAGCUUCCUGCAAGAAGUUUGUUGUACUAUGGGUUGGAUGACAAACGAAGAAUGGAGUUCAUCCUUAAAAACACAAGCACAAAGCAAAAUAAGUUGGACUCUCAGGGUGGACAGGCAGAAAAAGCUCUUCAAGAUUUUGAUCAGAUGGUUAAGUACUGUGAAAGUGAUGGGUGCCGUAGAAAAAAAAUUCUGGAAACUUUUGGGGAGAAGGUGCCUACAUCACUCUGUGGUAAAACUUGUGAUGCAUGUAAGCAUCCAAACAUGUUAACUGCAAAAUUGGAGGAAUUUGCUCAAGCUCGUGGCAGGCUUCACAAGAAUGGAUUGCAGCCAGUCUUUAUGAAAAGCUCACUGUUAGCCAGUGGUGAUUUAAAAACUGAAUUCUGGAAUCGAGAUGAUGAAGCAAAUGGUUCAGAUGGUGAAGACAUCUCACAUUCUGAUGAUGAUGAACCAAAAGUUAAUGUCAACCUUGCACCAAAGCAGUUUCCCAAAAUGGGAUUAAGUGAGAAAGUUGAUUGCCUAUUGCGUGCAGAGGAGGCUCAAAAUAAUAAGACUUUCAAUAAGCAAGCUUGUCAUGUCAGUGACAAGAAAGCUAUUUCCAUGAUGCUGAGGGAUGCAAGUAAGGAAAGGUUAUCGAAUGCCUUAAAACAGGCUUAUGAACGCCUUGGUGAACCCAUUACUGAACUGCAGUCAGCGGCUGUUUUUCUUGAAAAGGAAUGUUAUAAGAAAUAUGGGAAAGCUGGCAAGUCAUUUUACAAUUCACAAGUUGCUAGCACCGUCAGGUGGCUUUCCUCCACAACUUCUGCAGAGAUAAAGGCUCGUCUGAGAUCCAGUUCUAUUUAUGAGAAUGAAAGUCUGGCUACAAUUUCUUCAUCAAACAAUGCUUCAGCAUCAUGCGUCAUUCCCAUGGGCAGCAGCAAUGAAGCUACAAGACUAGAUGUAGGAACCAAAUAUUGGGAAGGUACACAUACAUCUGAAGAAUCCAUAGAAUUGUUGAAAGAGACUGGACUUAAAACUCAAGAAAUAGUUCCUUCACAUUUGGAUUUUGGCAGUCGAAAGGGGAAGAAUGGUCAGUCAAAUUUACUACCUAUUUCAACAAAGUGCCAUUUGGUGACAGAUUCUUCUCGGUUGACGGCCAAACUUGAGGAUAACAGUUCUAUGGUUGAGAAGAGAGGGAAAGGUGUGGUUCUAUCGGAGGCAUCUGCUUCUAAAUCUGUAGAGGCUGGAGCUUUGCUUCCCUGUAUACCUUCUUUCUCGGAGUUUGUUAGUCAGAAAGAAAAGGUUAAUAAGUCAAAGAUUUCUAUGUCAUCAUUUAAGCCACCCGCAACAGUUCGAAACAUUAAGGAGUCAAAGAGCACCGGAAGAAGCAGUUCCGAUAAGAGGGCCAAACUGCACUAACAGUUUCUGGAUCAGUUUAAUUUUCUUUAUCGAUCUGCCAGGAUUGACUUGAUUGUCAUGAUUGUUUCUCCUCUCUGUUGAUGCUGUAGUAGGCACUUGCACAAUGCUCGUGUGUAUAGUGAACAAGUGUUCUAAGAAGACAGUGUACUAUGAGGUUGGUUGAUUCGUCCGUCUAGGGAUUUAAUCGACUGCAACUGAAGGAUCUCCCAAGUUGGUGUCAAGUGCUACUUCUCUCUUGCUUCUUUCAUGCUAAUGUAUUACAAGCCAGGCCCAGGAAAUAACAUGCAUCAAGAUCGACUCGUCUGCGCAAUACAA